AUGAACGAGACAUACUGUCUUAACGUGAGAGAGAUAAGUGAAGAAUACAAAAAUACAUGUUUAAAAUUAGAGAGUUUUAAGAAUUUAUAUAUGCUUUUUCUUUAUAAUGAAAGCUAUUUACCUCCUAUUAUUCCAUCAUUAGAUAAUAUAGAUAAGGAUUUCAUAGAUAAAUGUCCAGAAAAAGAAAAUGUAGAUAGUCUAAUGAAGAAAAGUUCAUGGAUAAAUAGCAAAAUACUAGGGAGAGAUAAAAUAUUAGACAAUAUGAAAAAGAAUGAACAAAAUUUUCUAUUAAACAGUGAACAAACUGGGGAUAUAAAUUCAGAUGAUACGAUAUAUAUCAUAAAAUAUAAUUCUGUAUUAAAUGAGUAA